AAUUUGAAAUAUGGAAGAAGCGCGUUAUUUCGAACUCCAGUAAAGACGUUAGAGAACUUGUAACUUAAAAGAUAUACUUUAGGCGAUUAUUUAUCACAUUAAAUUAAAUAUAGUCGAUAUAAAUGCAAGAAACACAUGUAUUAUAAUGAGUGAAGUUUAUUUUUGAUUUGAACAGUGUUAAAAAUUUUAUGUUAUAGUAGUUAAGAUAUUUAUGUUGCAGUAAAAUGUCGGUUAGUCCCAGAUCAAACUUCUUGCGAGUGGCAGGGAGAGAUGAUGCCGAUUUCUUAUUGGAAUUAAUGGAACAACAUAAUUCAAAAACUUCAUAUUUUAAUAUUGAAGAAAUUUUACCAUCUUUGAAUAAAGCACAGUUACAAGAAGUAUUUCAGACUGUCUAUUGUAUCUGUGAAAAACAUAUUGUAAAUGCUUUGGCAGCUGGUGAAAAUAAUGAUGAACAAGCUCUUUGUUCUGAAGAGGAGUCUGAAAAAGCAAAAAAAGUUAUUGACACUGUUGUAAGUUUGGCAAAGAUGGUUAUUGUAUUAGAAUUACAUAUUCCAGAACAGUUGAUUCAAUGUGUAGUACUUCUUCAUGGAAUAUUACCAGGUUUUUCAGAUAAUCAUGAUCAGAUAAAGAACAAAAUAUCACAGUUAUGUGAAUUAUGGUUUACUAAAAAUCUUGAAGAAAAGGAAAUUAUUUACAGCAAUUCUAUUGUAUAUUUAUUACAGAGGAGCUUAAGAUCUAAAGCAUUGAAACAUGAUGUAAAACGAGUAUGGAAUAUGAAAGAAGGUUUAAUUGAUAUUUUUGAUAAAGAAGAUGAAAAUAAAGAAACUAUAUUAUCAUGUUUAGAAAAAUGUGCUAUAUCACAAAUGUAUUUGAAUGUAGAAGAGACAAAUAAUUAA